AUGGAGAGGAGACAGAUGGAGACAGAGAGACAGAUGGAGAGGAGACAGAAAGAGGAGAGGAGACAGAAGGAGAAGAGGAGGAGACAGAUGGAGAAGAGGAGACAGAAGAAGGAGAAGAGACAGAAGGAGAAGAGGAGACAGAUGGAGACAGAGAAGAAGAAGAAAGAGAAGAAGGAGACAGAGAAGAAGAGGAGACAGAAGGAGAGGAGACAGAAGGAGAGGAGACAGAAGAAGAAGAAGAAGGAGACAGAAAGCCAAGGAGGCGGAGCACUAAUAACAAAUUAUUUAUAUCUGAUAUGA